UCGAAAACAGGAAGUGCGUCCAAACGGGCCGUAGCUUGCAGUAUCGAAAAACAGCUGCUUCGUCGAUGGAAUGGGAGUCGUUCUCUCUUAAAAUGCAUUGCCCAUCACCUCCACCUCCUCUUCGUAGACUCCUUUUCCGAACCAUCAACCUCCCCACCUUCCAAUCCCGUUUCGGAAUCCGGAAAAAUCCCAUUUUCAUACGUACUGACCGACCCAAAUGGUCGCCGAACGCCCUUCAGAUAGUCGAAUCAGCUCCUACGAUCGAUGCGGAAGUUUCCCGUAGAAGAGCUGGUUUUGAUUCCAAGCUAGUUUUGAUUAAGUACUCCUCGAUGCUGCAGGACUGCGCGGCGAAGAAGUCUAUCGACGAUGGAAGAGCGGUCCAUGCGCAUUUGUUGAAGAGCGGUGCGGACCCAGAUUCCCAUCUUUGGAACUCUUUGGUGAAUAUGUAUGCUAAGUGCGGCAGCGUCGUCCGCGCGCGGCGCGUGUUCGAUGAAAUGCCUCAGAGAGAUGUGGUUUCUUGGAAUGCGUUGAUUGCCGGGUUUGUAGAGGAAGGAGAUGGUAGCGAGGGUGUUCUUUUGUUUUGCAAGAUGUGCAGGGAAGGGAUUCGGCCAAAUGGGUUUGUUUUCGCCACGGGUUUGAAAGCUUGUUCAAAGUGUUCGGACUUGGAUUUUGGGGAGCAGGUGCAUGGCAAAGCGAUAAAAUUUGGGUUGGUAUCAGAUUUGUUUGUGGGCUCUGCUCUUGUCGAUCUCUACGCUAAAUGUGGAGAGAUGAAGCUGGGAGAGAAAGUGUUUUUCCACAUGCCUGUACACAAUCCCGUUUCUUGGAAUGCGUUGCUUAAUGGGUAUGUUCGGAUUGGUGAUGAGGAACAGGUCCUGGAGUUGUUUUAUAGAAUGACAGACUCGGAGACAAGACUGAGCAAGUUUACUUUAUCCAGUGUUCUUAAGGGCUAUGCGGGUUUGCAAAAUGUGAGAGAGGGUCGAGCAAUUCAUUCUCUGUUAAUUAAGACAGGAUCCGAGCUCGAUGCAUAUUUGAGUAGUAGUCUUGUUGACAUGUAUUCAAAGUGUGGAUUGGCGGAGGAUGCAUACAAGGUCUUUGAUAGAAUAGAAGAUCCGGAUGUGGUCGCUUGGAGUUCUAUGAUAUCUUGUUUGGAUCAGCAAGGAUGUAGUACUCAAGCAGCCGGACUUUUCAGCAAGAUGGGAAGAAUGGGUGUUAGGCCGAAUCAAUAUACUCUUACUAGUCUUGUUAGUGUGGCUACUGAUAUUGGUGAUCAGCAAUAUGGUGAGAGUAUCCAUGCUUAUAUUAGGAAACUUGGAUUUGAUAUUGAUAUUGCUGUCGGUAACGCUCUUGUUACAAUGUAUAUGAAUUUUGGGGCUGUUCAAGAUGGUUGGAGGAUGUUUGAUGCUAUGACAGAUCGGGAUACCAUUUCAUGGAAUGCUCUUCUCUCAGGAUUCCAUAGUGGCAACGGCUGCAUGGAAGGGCUAGGAAUUUUCAACAGAAUGCUUGUGGAAUGCUUCAGGCCUAACCAGUGCACAUUCAUCAGCAUUUUAAGGUCAUGUACUAAUCUCUCAACAGCAGGCUAUGGGGGUCAGGUUCAUGCGCAUAUCAUUAAGAAUGGCCUCAAGAAUGAUUCUCUUGUAGGAACAGCUCUUGUUGACAUGUAUGCAAAAUGUGGGUGCUUGGAAAAUGCUUUUCUAGUUUUAAAAGGAUUGGAUGAACGGGAUGUGUUCACUUGGACAGUGUUUAUCAGCGGAUGUGCACAGACUAAUCAAGGUGAGAAAGCUAUUGGGUGCUUCCGCCAGAUGCAACGGGAAGGUGUGAGUGCCAAUGGGUUUACAUUUGCGAGCUGCUUGAGAGCUUGCUCGAGUAUUGCAUCUUUAGAAAAUGGUCGCCAACUUCAUUCUUGGGUCAUUAAAUCCGGGCAGUUAGGUGAUGGAUUUGUAGGGAGUGCACUGAUUGACAUGUAUGGGAAAUGUGGGUGCUUAAAAGAUGCAGAGGCAGCCUUUUCUGAAUUAGUGCAGCGAGAUACAGUUUUAUGGAACACCAUAAUUUGUGGGUAUUCACAACAUGGCUAUGGAGAGAAGGCUCUUAAAGCCUUUCAGUGCAUGGUAGACGAAGGCAUCAGCCCUGAUGAGGUUACCUUUGUUGGUGUUCUGUCUGCUUGUAGCCAUGUGGGUUUAGUUGAGGAAGGGCAGAAGCACUUUGAUUCGUUAAGUACAGUUUAUGGAAUUACUCCAACAAUCGAACACUAUGCUUGUAUGGUAGACAUCCUUGGUCGGGCAGGGAAACUCGACGAGGUCAAACACUUAAUUGAGAAAAUGGCACUCGUUCCCACUGCCUUGAUUUGGCAGACAGUUCUUGGGGCUUGCAGAAGGCACAUGGAUGUCGAAUUUGGGGAAAUUGCAGCAGAGAAACUCUUUGAAAUAGAGCCACACAUGGACUCAACCUAUAUAUUACUAUCCAACAUUUAUGCAGCUGCGCACAGGUGGGCUGAUGUUGUCAAGGUCAGGGCAUUGAUGUCCAGUCAAGGGGUGAAAAAGGAACCUGGCUGUAGCUGGAUUGAGGUUGAUGGUCAAGUUCAUGUAUUUUUGCCACAAGAUGGCUCACAUCCAAAGACGAGGGAGAUAUACCGGAAGUUGAAGGAACUGGGGGAGCAACUAACUUUAGCUGGGUAUAUUCCUAAUACGGAUCAUGUGCUCCAUAAUGUUGCUGAAGCUGAGAAAAAGGAAUGCCUUCUUUACCACAGCGAGAGGUUGGCCCUUGCUUAUGGCCUAAUAAGCACAAAGCAUGGAAAAUCGAUCCGGAUUUUCAAGAAUCUCCGUAUAUGUGGAGACUGCCAUAACGCAAUCAAGCUAAUCUCAGGCAUCAUGAACAGAGAAAUAGUUAUUCGUGAUGUUAGCCGUUUCCAUCACUUCCAGAAUGGUUCUUGCUCUUGUAGGGAUUACUGGUGACUGUGUUUCCGAGAUCUAAUCGUGUUAUUCAACGUGGUUCCUGCUGAUGAUUCAAUGGGCAGCUUUCGUAUUGCUGCAUUUUGAGCUUUAAACCAAAACCACGUGCUCUUUUUGCUGGGCAUUGACAAUUGCAGUGAACUGAUCUGAAAUACUCUAAAGCCCAAGGAUUAUCUCAAAAUAGGCUUCUGUUUCUAAUGCUUGUCUCCCUAUCUUCGAAAGGGCAUCCAUCCUUUCUAAGGGAUUGGAGAUUUUGUGUCUGCUCUCCUCGUUUGUCUUGGCCAACACAUUGGGAGUGAAAGCGAGCCCGAUUGCCAACUAUUGUAGUCAAUUUCUUCAUGACUCGUAGGAGCAGUGUUCAACGCGUAGAGAUGCGCUCGUCAUGGUUCGAGGAAAGCAUGUGGACAAUCACCAAUGUAUCGAUUACAGGCAGCAUUGAAUGGGAUAUGGAUGCCGUCCACUCCAAUUAUUGACAUGAUAUUCAACUUGGACAUUUCCUGGGGUCAGAAGGUAUGAUUGCUUCCACAAUCAGCAGGGUUCUGGCAUUGCCCACCCACAACUGGAGAACGAAGAUCGGAAUUGUAUGCAGCAAUCAGUACCCAUUUCUAUCUCGCAUUUCUGUUAUUUACCGACUCUAUUGAGAACCCCCACCAAUGUGAGAUGCACACGUGCCAAUGUGGCAUGCAUGCGAGAUCAAAGCUGGGCCAACCGCGCAAUGUAGAUGCCAUCAAAAUGCACUGUGGAAUCAAAGCCAGGCUUUACAUUACAUGCAUUGACCAUGUAAGUUUGGAGUCUUAAUUAUAGUUAUGACCAUGCAUGUUACGGACCGUGGGAAACCUUCUUUUACUUAUAUUGUGACUAAUUCCCAAUUCCAAAUUAUACAAAAUGAUGUACAAGUUCUCAUUUGUGCAUGCUUUCUCCUUA